AUGCGACCCUUCACCCCCAUUUCCAGACAUCGGUCUGGUCCGCCACCGAGAACAGCAACGCCUAUAAAGAGCAUUCUGCGGCAGACGUCUACAGUCCUGGGCCGGAGGAAAGCCGAAGAACUCGAUUUUGAUGCAGUCGACCCCCCUUCCAGCCCGACCAAGAGGCGAAAAGUGCUCAUCAACGAAAUGAACAACCGCGUCUUCGAAUUUGGCAGCCGGUCGAUGGACGAGGUGAAUUUGCAAGUCCGGAAAGCACUGGAGGAGCAUCUGAUGGGAGAGGAUGAAGAAUACGACGUGCUCAAGGACAUCUUCGAAAAUGACACGCAGCGAUACCUGCCGCCCGUUGCUGGGGAGGAAGAAGACACACUCAAGCCCCAGGAACUCAAGCGCUACGUGCUGGCGCUGACCAGCUGCGUCCCACUACUGAAAAACAAGGCCUGCAACGGUCUCGUGAGGACGGUGCUGCAGGUCUCGUGGUUGGGCCGAGACGAGGAUUUUUUCAAAGUUUACAUCCAGUUCCUGGCCGCCCUGGUCAGCGCGCAGGGAUCCUACCUGACGCAUGUGCUGUCCAUGAUUGUCGAGAAGUUCUCCCACUCUAGGCUGCCCGAAUGGUCCGUCGAAGACUUUCCUCCUGUUAGUCGUGCAACAAUGCGUGAGCGGCUUCAUACCGGGCUGCAGUACAUCCUUCAAAUGUUCCCCGCAGCCACCCCCGUUCUCCGCAACCUUCUCGAUACCAAGUUCCCCUUUGACGACGACCCUAAGAGAAUGUUCGUCGCCUACGUCAACAACCUGUUGAGACUAAAGGAAUACGCGGGUGAGCUGGAUCUCGAGAUUGUCGAUGUGCUGCUGUCGCGGCUAGUCAAGAUCGAUGUGCAGAUGCAGACCGACCUCGACGACCUCGAUGACGACCUGACGGCAUCUGUUGCAUACGCGCUUGGAAAGUCCCUGGGCACUGGCUCAUGGGAGGGCGAUGAAGACGCAGUGGACCGGGACAGCGAUGACGAGUCCGUCGACAGCGAUGAUUCCGACUUUGACGAUAAAGAGGAGAAGAUCCGUGUUGUCAAGGGCAAUGUUGAGAAGUUGGACGCCAUCCUCGACACUCUGUUUGACCACUACACCCCACUAUUCGAAAACCCCGACUCGGAUCAAGCAUGGGAGCGGUACGCUUUGCUUGUACAGUCUUUUGGAAAGAUUGUGCUACCGACAUACAAGUCCCGCCAUACACAGUUCCUGCUCUUCCACUUCGGCCAGAUGUCAGCACGGCUGCGAGAUACCUUUGUUGGCAGUCUAAUGCACAUCUUUGGCUCGCAAAACCGACCGAGCUUUGUCCGACAAGCAGCGGCAACCUACCUGGCCGGAUUUAUGGCACGAGGUGCCCACGUUCCAUCCGAUCUGGUGCGCACCGUUUUUGCCCUUCUGCUCAAGCAGAUGCAGAUCUACCGCCUCAAACACGACCCCGACGCUAGAGGACCGGACUUGAGAAGGCACCAGAUCUACUACGCACAGGUUCAAGCCGCGCUUUACAUGUUCUGCUUCCGCUGGCGCGACCUGAUCGUGGCCACACCCGAGUUUGUGGACCGAGACGACCCCGCAUCAUACCUGGGUCACGAGCUGGAGUGGAUGCAAGGGAUGAGAGAAGAGCUGUCGGCGAGCGUAUACUGCAAGAUGAACCCCCUCAAGAUUUGUGCACCCGCAAUCGUUGAGGAGUUUGCGACACUGGCACACAAGCUCGGCCUAAUGUACAUCUUCCCUCGUGUAGAAGAGAACAAGCGGAUCAGGCUGUCGCAGUUUGUAUCAGACACAUAUGGUACGGGCGGUGCUCUCAGAGAUACUGGCUCCGGAGCACAGGACGAGGAGGCAUACCAGCUCGACCCCUACUUCCCCUUCGAUCCCUACCAGCUGCCUGUGAGCAAGCGGUGGGUCCAGGACGAUUACGUACACUACCAGGCUGUUCCGGGUCUCAACAUGACGGCCGACGACGACAGCGACGAGGACGACGAAGAAAAUAUCCCGGAGACGGAUGUCGAGGAAGACACCGCCACCGCCAGCGAGGACGAGGAUGACGACUGA